CUUCGUGUGCACACAAGUGGUGUUUCCGAACGAAGCCCAAAGCCCAACACUGAACUGCAUGUUCCGGCGGCAAUGUGUGUCUCUGACAACAAAGCUUACCUGAAUGAAGGGUAGCAUCUUGAUUCGAAGGCUCGUCAAUCGGGACAAACAAGUUGCCCCGUGUCGAUAUUUAAGUCUGACGACGAUGGCAAAGAGUAAAUUCGAAUACGUGAAGGAGUUCGAGCAGGACGAUAAUUGCUUGCCAAACUGUUGGAUUGUAAUUAGGAUAGAUGGCAGAAAUUUUUCCAGAUUCUGCGAGACACAUCAAUUCGUCAAGCCAAAUGAUGUGGCUGCUCUUGAACUGAUGAAUCGCUCUGCGAUCACUGUUAUGGAAGAUUUCAAAGAAAUUAUACUAGGUUUUGGACAGAGUGAUGAAUACUCAUUCGUUUUUCGGAAGGACACACAGCUCUAUAAGCGCAGAGCAUCAAAACUAUUGUCUAAUGUAAAUUCAUUAUUUGCUUCGGCAUAUGUUUAUUAUUGGCCACGUAUAUUUAGAGGAAAAGAAUUAUACUAUCCGCCUUCGUUUGACGCUCGUAUUAUAUUAUAUCCAACAGAUAAGAAUUUAAGAGACUAUUUGGCUUGGCGACAAGCUGAUGUACAUGUCAAUAAUUUAUACAACACAUGCUUUUGGAAUCUGGUUUUGAAAGGAAAAUUAACUCCGAGUCAGGCAGAAGAAAAGCUUAGAGGCACUCUAGCAUCACAUAAGAAUGAGUUGCUUUUCCAAGAGUUUGGAAUAAAUUAUAAUAAUGAACCACAAUUGUUUCGGAAAGGUACAACACUCAUUCGGAAAUUGGUGCCCGAUGGAUCAGGAAGGUUGAAACCUGCUGUAGUGCCCUUGGUAGAUGAUAUUAUCGGUGAUCGUUUUUGGAAAGAAAAUCCCGAAGUAAUUGGUUUGAAGAGUUUAACAACUUAUCAACCGCCGAACUUAGUAAAUAGCAUCAAAAACACAAAAUCUGUGUCAACACCUUCCUCACCCACCACAAUGAAACAUGGAAAUAACAUUUCAUCACAAGUAAUUAACAUGAAUUCCAUGAAAGAAGAAGUAGAUCCUAACAGAAAUAGAGAGACUGAUGGAGAUCGAAUGCAGUGUGAAAGUGAACAUAUUUGUAGAAGAUAAAUUUAUAUAUUUUCUUUUUUCUUCAUACAAUAAAAUAGAACAAAUCAGAAUUGUAUUUCUACUUUUUAGUAUUUCUACUUCUAGAGAUUAAAACUUUACUACAGAAUACUAUUAAAACUUUAGAAGAGAAUAUUAUUAAUGAAGGAAAA